AUUCCCUUUAAGGUUCAAGACGACACUUUUUGAGAUCGAGGAGAACUCUUUUAUCCUGCCACAAUCUGGGUUUCAGCCAGAACAGUAAUGCGUUUGAGGACGACUUUUUUUUGCUCUAAGGACCGACUGGACGGCAACGUGCGUUUUCACUGUCGUUGCUGUUUUUUGUUUUUCAACCUCUAACCGAAAUCUCAGCCACCGUCGGAAAUGAGGCCGGAAUUCGGACAGGCGGUGCUACACGUAGGCGCGGCCUGCUGUUUGUGUGUCGCCACCGUCAGCGCUGGGGUGUUUGACGCCGUCUUCACCGAGGUGGGCUACGAACAUUAUGCAGAAGCCCCGGUAGCCGGCUUGCCUUCUUUCCUAGCCAUGCCCUUCAAUUCCCUCGUCAACGUAGGCUACCUGCUGCUGGGUUGGCACUGGCUCCGCAAAAACCCCGAGGCCCCAGGAAACGGAGAGGAAGGACCACGGGUGCGUUACCUGAAGGAUGUCUUUGCUACCAUGGCGCUGGCCUACGGUCCCAUCCAGUGGGUGCGGAUCUGGACUCAAACGCGCCGUUCCGCGAUCCUGGACCAGUGGUUCACCUUGCCCAUUUUUGCCUGGUCGAUCGCCUGGUGCCGCUUCGUGGAGGAGGGCUGGAAGCCCCAGACUUUCUUCCUCAUCGAAUGCAUCUCGCUGUCUAGUUACUGCCUCGCCCUUCUGCACCGGCGGGGAUUCGAGUUGGCCUUGGGGUGUCAUAUCCUGCUAGCUGUGUGGCAUGCGUGGCGGGCAAACCGGCGCCACGGAAAUGCCUGCUCCGCUUCGUCCAUGGCCCUGGCUGUGCUCUCCUGCCUGGGCUUUGUGGUCCUCAAGCUAGGUGACCGCUGGCUCGCCCAGUGGCUUCUCUUUCGGCAGAUGACCGGACACUUCUGGUCCAAAGUGUGUGAUGUCUUGCAGUUCCAUUUUGCCUUCCUGUUCCUGACCAACUUGAACAAUUUCCCACAGAGGAAGAAGCUGUAAAAGGGGCAACUGCGGCCCGAAGAACCUGCCUUUUGAUGACAUUUCGCCCGCAUCCUGUGGCUGUGUACCUCCACAAUCAUCAACACGGAUAAACAAUGAAGCGAACUAGCUGGGCUGAACCUGUCCCCUGACAGCAAAGAUAAUAAAAGACAAGUUUAUGCAUAAAA